AUGGAUGAAUCUCAAUUUGUCAUUAAAAGCAAGAAAUCAAAGGAGUUGUCUUUCAAAGGAUAUGAAAAAAUCAAAUCAAUUCAAGCAAGAGUUUCAAAUUCAUUUGAACCUAACAAACCAACGCAAUUUGCACAGAGUACUAAAGGAAGUAACAUUUCUAUCAAAGGAUACAUUCAAUUUUUGAUCACUCAAGGUCAAGAACAAAGGAUUUAUCUUGAGAAAAAUGCUGGUUUAGUUCUCUCCCAAUCUUUGUUUGUUGUAAUUGAUGGAAGUAUAAGUUGCUUCAAUGAACAUGUUUCAAAUCAUUCGCUUCAGACUAUAAUUUGCACAUUAGGUUCAUUGAAACUUGUUGAUUUCGAUACAGUAACAAUUUUUAUUAGUAAAGGCAAUGAAAUAAUUGAAAUUUGCCACGAAGUCCAAAAUCAUGACUUGUUUGCUGAGAAUUCUCCGAUUUGGAAUGGAAUUAUUAAUAUUUGUUCCUCGGCAUCCUCAAACAGUAAUAUUAUUUCAGCUCUUGCAUGCGUAGAUGAUAUCAGAGCGAAACAACAAACAAAGCAAUCCCUUUGUUUAUGUUUUACAGAUUGUUUAAUGUUAUCUCACGAAAUGAAAUCUCCUGGAACAAUAAUAACACAACUUGAGAGCAGACGAGCAGACGUUUAUGCAAUUGGCAUUGGUAUCAAUCCAAGAAACAUAACGAAAGGAUUCAAAUACUCAUUCUGGUCAUUAAUCUUUUGCGUUGAUAUCUAA